ACCUGUCUUCCUUCUCCCAGUCCACACCCAUCAUGACGUCACGCUCAGGUGUGGCUGUUUCGGGAGCGUUUAUUGUGUCGACACUCAAACACGGAAGUCAUUGAAUGGCAGAAUAAACAAACCAUCACAAAUCCCGGUGGAUCGCGACCCGUCAGCCUAUACACCGACAAGCUACGACAACAAUAUCGACGAGUGGCAAAAAGGUAAAGCCCUCACCUGCAGAAUAAAAACCGAAAGAAACAAUCUGGAGGACGCAGGGAUUAUAGUCGAUAAGUCUGGAAUGCGAGGGCGAGUCAAGGCAACCUAACCGAAAGGCACUUGGACAGAAGAAGCGCUUAGGAGGAUAUACUGCAAGUGGGGCAUGGCCAUGAACCCAGGGCGACCCGUGGACGCGCCGGGGGGCAGCAGCACGCGCAACCUGAGCCCCCCCGUGGACGGGCUGGGGGGCAGCAUCACGCGCAACCUGAGCCCCUCCGCGGUCAACCAGAUGCUGAUGGAGUUCAUGAUGUACGCCGGACGGGCGUUCGUGGUCUUCUAUCCGGUGUAUCUGACGGGGUACCUCGGAUUCAGCAUCAGCUGGGUGCUGCUGUGCAUGAUGAUGGUCACCUGGUGGAAGAAGAAUCGCCAGUGGAAAGACGUCCGGAUCGGAACUGCAAUAGACUUCGCGGAUAAUGAAGCACAUGAGAUCAAUAGGGAGUUGACUAAAUCUUUGAGCAUGGCCACAUGGGUAAAAUUUCCUGAUGUCGAAAAAGUAGACUGGAUUAACAAGGUACUGGAGCAGGCCUGGCCAUUCUUCAGCAUGUUUAUGGAGAAGCUCCUCAAAGAGAAGAUCCAGCCUGCUGUCAGGUUGUCUAACUCCGCCCUGAAAGCCUUCACCUUCACCAAGGUCCACUUUGGACACAAGCCUCUCAAGAUCACUGGCAUGAGGGCAUACACUCACGAAGUUGACCAGAGAGAAGUGGUUCUUGACAUGAAUAUAUGUUACGAUGGUGAUGCUGACAUUGAUGCAGAAAUAAAGCCUCCCAUAGUAGCUGGUGUCAAAGGACUUCAGUUCAAAGGAAUGAUGAGGGUUAUUCUGGAGCCUCUGAUUGGUCAAGCCCCGUUGGUCGGAGGAGUAACGUUCUUCUUCAUCCGCCGGCCUACGCUGCAAAUCAACUGGACCGGCAUGACCAACCUCCUAGACAGUCCCGCUUUCAGUUCGCUAUCUGAAGAGACCAUCAUGGACAUAAUUUCCUCUAUGAUGGUGCUGCCCAACCGGAUGUGCAUCCCCCUCAUAGAUCAAGUCAAGGUGGACACGAUGAGGUUCCCCCUACCUCGGGGGGUGGUCCGGGUGCACCUAGUGGAGGCCAGGAACCUGGUGCCAAAAGACACCUACAUGAUGGGUAUGGUGAAGGGCAAGUCGGACCCCUACGCAGUGCUCCGGGUGGGCAACUCGCAGUUCAAGACCAAGACCAUCAAGGAGAACCUCAACCCACGCUGGACCAACGAGGUGUAUGAGUUUGUAGUCCACGAGGCCCCAGGACAGGAGCUUGACCUGGAGCUGUUCGACGAGGACACGGACAAGGACGACUUCCUCGGAAGGCAUAUCCUGGAUCUUGGAGACGUGAAGAAGGAGAAAGAGCUGGAUAAGUGGUUUCCUCUGACUGAUACUCAGAGCGGUGAGGUGCAAAUGAGACUCCAGUGGCUCUCUCUCCACACCGACCAGAGCCUCUUGAAUGAGACUACUGAUGGUUGUGCCUGUGCCAUGCUUGCGGUUUAUUUAGACAAUGCCUCAGACCUUCCAAAAGACAACAGUGAGUUCUCUCACAAUCAGAAACAGGGUAAACAUUCAAAGGAAGCCAAGCUCACAAAGAGAGUUGCAGAGCCAAACACAUUGGUGGAGAUGUCUAUCCGUGACCACGUUCAAAAGAGCAAGGUUGCCUACGCGUCUAACAAUCCAGUGUGGGAGGAAGGGUUCACCUUCUUUGUCCACAGCAUCAAGAAUGAGCAGCUCACCGUGGAGGUGAAGGAACAUGAGAAGAAGAAUGUGCUGGGUGUGCUCACCAUCCCCCUCAGCCGCCUCUUCAACGUGUCCAACAUGACCCUGGAACAGCCCUUCCUGCUGGAGCGCUCAGGGGCCACCAGCCAGAUCAAGCUGAAGGCCACCCUCCGGGUCCUGACCAUUGAAAAACCGGAACCAGAACCCAUCCUCAAUCCUCCCCCACAGCCCAAACCGGCCCAGUCCGCCCCGGGAGGUAAACCCCCAGCCCCUCCCUCCGGCUCGGGUACACCCUCUGCGGCUGCUGCCACCCCGUCCCGGGCCGCCCUUCCAGUCAGCCCCCUCAACGGCGAGUAUGACGGCCAGCGCCGGGGCUCCUUCCUGGGCACCAGCGGCCGGCGGACGGCCCCUGACACGCCGAUGAUGCGCCGCUACGACUCCCACAGCCUGCUGUCGGACAACUCCAUCGCCUCCUCUCGCUUCGACCUCUCCGAGGGAGCGUCUUACCCAAAGGAGGUGCUGAACCACCAGGGGACCUUUGGUGAGAUCCACCUGACCGUGCGCUACACAACCCUGAGGAAGAGGCUUGUCGUCCUGGUCAACUCCUGCAGAGAACUGAUCCCGUGCAAUGAGAACGGCACUGAUUCCUACGUCCGCUUGUACCUGCUGCCUGACCAGUCCUGGAGGCACCGCAUGCGGACGCAGGUGAAGAAGAGGAACAUCAACCCCACGUUCAAUGAGAAGUUUGAAUUUAAUGUGUCGCAAGAAGAAGCUCUCACAAGAAAGUUGGACAUAGCCGUGAAGAACAACAGGAUGUUCCACAGCCGAGAGAGAAGGGAGAUCGGCAUGGUCCUGAUUGAUCUUGCCAACCUCGACCUGAUCAAAGGUGUCACAGAUUGGUUUGAGCUCAGUCUACCUGGGCUGAAGAAAUCCAACUAACAAACCAACUUGCCAUUCACCAAACGGACUCACCAACAAAACAAAACAACCGUCCACUCGAACAACCGACCAAACAACAAUAUGUUUGGAUCAUCUCCCAAUAAGACACCAGAAUGAAGAAAUACUUGAGAAGAGGUUGUCUAGAACAACAGUUGUGGGGGGAUGAAACAGCAAUUAUUCAUGCUGUUUCUUCAUUUUCAUUUGAUUAUUUUAUUCAUGUGUCCUUAGCUGGUUACUGUUACAUUGCACUCGCUGCCCGGAUGUUUAGCAUUUGUUUUUAUUUUGUUACAUUGUGAUAGCUGUUCUGUCCUCGCACACAUGUCUGGUAGGCAGUUAAACGCCUUCCCAAUCGACAAGACAUGUCCAUCCAAUUAUGUUUUAUUGAGUAUAAAGGGUAAAACUAAAGCAAAAACGGACAAAAAUCUGGUUACUCAUGUGAAAUUAAUCUCAUGACAUGAAAACAAUGCCACAGCAUUACUUAAGGUGGUCGACUAUGUUCUUAAAUCUAGUUCAUGCAAAUUAAAUAUAGAAAUGAUUCCCGUGAACAAAGGCUGAAUGAAUGGGCGAAUUAAAUAAAGUAUUGUAGUAGCCUGCGGUCGAUGUUAUCUACACUACAAUAGGCCUAUAACAUGGACGGCUAGGUGGCACAAAGCUUAACUAACUACAUUAACUUUCAUAUUCAACAUUAUUUUACCAAGACAAACAGAAGAUGCUGUGAAACAGGGUGAAUAACACGGUGAAACAGGAGACACUAGAGACAAAUCCACGCAUUCACUAUUUUCGAGUUUUUCAACAAUAAGAAACAUAAGUCAUGCUUUUUUCUUUAUGCAUUUUAUUCCAUUUGUUUAUAAUAUUAAAAUAAAUCCAGGGAACAGAAUAUAUAUUGUUUUAAU